UGGUCCUUAUCACAGCGUAUUCAUCACAGCAGUCUUUGGCGGGCCACUGUAAAGAAGUGUAGCUCUUAUUUUCAAAACAAGGUUGAAGUAGGCUUUUCAUUUAAGGCCAUUCUUCACGGCAGAGACUAAAAGGCAGCUACAGGCGGCUAGGGCGAGUAGGAAAAAGCUUAAAGGAAUUAUCUACUAUUUCAAGGAAAAGACCAGUUUUCUUCAAUUCUAAAGGAGAUGCCGAGGAAAAGCGACAAGGACCCCAACAAACCAAAAGGGAGAACGAGCGCGUAUGCUUUUUUCGUGCAGGACAUGAAAGAGACCCCAGAGGGAAAGAGCCUCAAGUUCACAGAGUUCUCCAAGUACUGCUCAGAGCAAUGGAAGAAGAUGGAUGAUGAUGACAAGCAGAGGUUUAUCGAUUUAAGUCAAGAAGAUAGGACGCGAUACAAGAAAGAAAUGGCUGUCUAUCAGAAGACAGCACCUGCUGGGGGCCGGGGUGCAGGCGGUCGCAAGAAAAAGGAUGCUUCUUUACCAAAAAGAAAUCUGUCUGCAUUCAUGUUCUUCUCAAAUGCCAAACGGCCCAAGAUCAAGUCCCAGAAUCCUGAAGCCUCCAUUGGCGAGAUUGCCAAGCAACUAGGAGCAGCUUGGAAUGUGAUGACGCCCGAACAGAAGAAACCUUACGAAGAACAAGCAAAGGAAGACAAACUGCGCUACCAGGAAGAGAUGGAGAGGAUUAAAGAAGGCGGGAAGGUCCCAUCAAAAGGAGCUGGUUCUAGGAAGUCGACAAAGAAGAGCAAAGCUGUUGUCGAGCCGGAGGACGACGAAGAUGAAGAGGAGGAGGAAGAGGAUGAAGACGAAGACAGCUCGGAUUAGGUUUAGUAACUUUUAACUCUAGAUAAUAUACAAGUAACAGCAAAAGUACAUUAACGCUACCUCGGAAAGACAUCAAACUCUUCCCGGACUUUUUGUUUCACUACUACUUCUUCGACUCUUCUUCCCUAUAUAGCAGUUUUAGCACAUUUAGAAAUAUAACUCUCUCUCUCUCUCUCUCUCAUUUUCAUACCCCUCCUUAUAUUACCAUGCCAGUAUAUCCUAAACGCAUACAGACAGAUAGAAAAAUACAUACAUACACCUAUCUAUAUAUACUCAGAGUAUCUCUCUUUAACUAUUAUUAUUAUAGUGAUUAUUAUUAUUAUUAUUAUUUUAAGCAGCUGCAUUCUUUACCUCCAAUCACA